AUGCCUCCCAAUGCUAAAGGCUUCACGUGGUACAGGGGGGAAGGGGCAAACAUCUAUCAUAAUCUUGCAACUCUCGGAACAUACCUGAGAUUUUAUACAACAGGGCCUGCACACAGUGGUCGAGAGCAAAUAAACUAUGAUGGAUCCUUGCAAUUAAAGCAGGUCACCCAGAAGGACACAGGAAUCUACACUGUAGUAGUCUACCUUCCAGGCUGUAUAAAAGAAAUAGGAUUUGGACAGCUCAAUGUGUAUGAGCGAGUGAGAGUUCCCACUCUCAUAGCCAGCAACACCAUAGUCACGGAACAUAAGGAUUCCGUGGUCCUGACUUGUGACACAAAUGCAGUCUCCACCCAGUGGCUCUUCAAUGGCAUGAAUCUGCGCCUGAAGGAGCGGAUGAAGCUGUCCUGGAACGACAGAACCCUCACCAUAGACCCCGUCAGGAGGGAGGAUGCUGGGAGUUACCAGUGUGAAGUGUCCAACCCCAUUAAGCCAUUGACAGUGCCCACCCUCCGAGCCAGCAACACCAUAGUCACGGAGCAUAAGGAUUCCGUGGUCCUCACCUGCUACACAAAUGCAGUCUCCACACAGUGGUUCUUCAAUGGCAUGAAUCUGCGGCUGACGGAGCGUAUGAAGCUGUCCUGGAACGACAGAACCCUCACCAUAGACCCCGUCAGGAGGGAGGAUGCUGGGAAUUACCAGUGUGAAGUGUCUAACCCCAUCAGUUCCGCUGACAGUUAUCCGGUUGAGCUGGAUGUAAAAUAUUAG